AUUAUGAGCGCUAACGUAAAAUUCAAAGAAUUCCCCAAAAUAUGCAGAUGCUGCCUGAGUUACGGAGACCUAAAACCCAUCGUAGACUUGGAGAACGUCGAGACAUUCAUGACAAUCACAAACAUUAAGAUCAAAGAAGAGGACAAAAUGCCCGAAAACGUGUGCCUGAAAUGCGCCGGACAAUUCGACAUAAUCGCGAAUUUCGUGGAAAUGUGCAAAACCGCUGAAAAAACACUAAAACUAGCCGUCAUCAAAGAACUCGAACUCCAAGAUCAAUCGGACAACAACGAAACAACCGACGACUUUCUCCUCGACAACGUCAAACAGGAAAUCGUCGAACUCGAACCGGACAUCGUCCUACACCUAAACCCCGCCUCUCGGCCUCCGACCUGCGAGAACUGCAGCGAAUCCUUCCCAUCGGCCCCCGAUCUUCUAAAACACUACAGCGACUUUUCCAGUUGCACUCCCGACGAUUCGGGUUCCGUUUCUAUUUCCACGAAACACAAGAAACAGAAACGGCCGUGCAACGUCAACAACAUCAACAUCGUGGAGUAUCUACGGAAGCCGAGAGGUCGAAAGAAACGCGAAAUCAAAGAGGAAUCGGACGGCGAAGCGGAAUACGUAAAAGGCAGGAGAUUGAAGGGGAAACGGAGGUUUCUUUGCAACUUUUGCGGCAAGAAUUACACGAGAAAGAACGGCUUGGACAGGCACAUGCUCAGCCAUUCCGGUGUGAAACCGUUCGAGUGCAGGGAAUGCGGUAAAUGUUACAUCACGAAAGACACUUUAAAGACCCACAUGUUGACCCAUUCGGGGAUAAAGGCGCACAAAUGUACGGUGUGCGAGAAAUCCUUCACGCAAUCCAGUCAUUUGAGCUACCACAUGCGAAGGCACAACGGAGAACGGCCGUACAGUUGCAGUUUCUGCGGAAAGGGUUUUUUAUCCACUUAUCAUUUAGAUAGGCACAAAUUAAUGCAUACUGGUGUAAAACCGUACGAGUGCAAGCAGUGCGGAAAACAGUUCGUGAGAAGUACCACUUUGAGGGAUCACAUGUUGAUACAUACGGGGGAGAAGCCUUUUGUGUGUCAGCAUUGCGGUAAACAAUUCAAUCGGAAGCAAUCGUUGACCAAUCACGUGCUGGUGCAUACGGGAGAAAGAGAUAGAUCGAAACGGACCAAUGGCAUGGGUUUGUGUAAUGUUGGUAACGAUAGGACGUUGGAUGAGAUUGGUGGAUUGUUAGUGGGAGAAAUGAAGGUGGACGGGUCGCGGUAGUUCGAUUUUUUUUUGUAUAGAAUUGAUGUUUGAUAUAUUUUUAUU